AUUUAUUUAUCUUUCUACCUCCUCAACUUUCCACCUUUUCUUCGCUAUCUUUUGUGUUGUAAAAGCAAAAAUUUCUCUCCUUUGACCCUGCACCACCCUUCAUCGCAUUACUAUUUGUCGCAGAUCUACCUAUCAUUCUGAAUAUCAUACAUAAAUAUAGAUCCAGAAUAUAGAGAGGGAAUGUUCGAGUUGAUUGUAAUUGGAUAACGAGUGUGUUCUUUGAUUUUACAAGAAGAUGGAAGUUGAAAUUUACCCAAAUGACAAGAUGGUAGUAAAGUAUCAGGAGGAGUAUAUAAGAAAUGCAAGAGGAGUUCAGCUUUUUACUUGCAAAUGGCUGCCUUUCUCUUCUGCAAAAGCUGUUGUUUUCCUUUGCCAUGGUUAUGGCAUGGAAUGCAGCGGUUUCAUGAGAGAAUGUGGAACCAGGCUAGCAAGUGCAGGAUAUGCUGUAUUUGGCAUUGACUAUGAAGGACAUGGGCGAUCCAUGGGUGCUCGUUGUUACAUCAAGAAGUUUGAAAACAUCAUUAAUGACUGUUACGACUUUUUCAAGUCUGUUUGUGCGCAGGAAGAGUUCAGAGACAAGGGAAGGUUCUUGUAUGGUGAAUCAAUGGGAGGAGCUGUGGCUCUUCUACUUCACAAAAAAGACCCUCCUUUCUGGAAUGGUGCUGUUCUUGUUGCACCAAUGUGCAAGAUUUCAGAGAAGGUGAAGCCACAUCCUGUAGUUAUCAACAUAUUGACUAGAGUGGAAGAGAUCAUACCUAAAUGGAAGAUUGUACCCACAAAAGAUGUCAUUGACUCUGCUUUCAAGGACCCUAUUAAGCGAGAAGAGGUCAGAAGCAAUAAGUUGAUAUACCAAGAUAAGCCCAGGCUGAAGACAGCACUGGAAAUGCUCAGAACUAGCAUGAGCCUCGAAGACAGUUUAAACCAGGUGACACUACCAUUCUUUGUAUUACACGGGGAAGCAGACACAGUGACAGACCCAGAAGUGAGCAAGGCAUUAUACGGGCGGGCCACUAGCAAAGACAAGACCAUAAAAUUGUACCCAGGAAUGUGGCAUGCUUUAACAUCUGGAGAACCGGAUGAAAACGUAGAUAUUGUAUUUGGUGAUAUCAUAGCUUGGCUUGAUAAGCGCUCAAGUGAUGCCAUUAUAGUCACACCCAUUCAACCUCCGUUUGGCAAUGGCAUUCAGAAACUCACUGAUAUCGACUCACCUACAUCAAUACAACAACAACAACGUAGCUAUUUAUGUGGGUUGAAAGGACGUCGCAUGUUCCAUCACUCAGCAAUGUAGCUCUAGUUCAAAUUCCAAAUCUCUUGUGUUGUGUGUGUGUAGCCAAACUUCUAUUUAGUGGGUUCUUAGCCCUUUCAAAUGCAAAGGGUUCACUUUUAAUUGGAAAUAAAAUAAGGUUUGGUAUUCAUGCUUUA